UUGCAGACUACCAUUUCUUCAUUUAUUGAUACGAAAUGGCGUAUUGCCAUUUGCUGCCUUAUACUUCUAAUAAUCGUCGUUGUUAUCGGCAAUUUUUUUGUUAUGGUCAUCAUAACAUGCGAUCAAAAAUUACGAAGGCUUACAACAAAUAAAUUUAUCGCAAGCUUAGCAGUUUCAGAUUUACUUGUAGGGAUUGUUGUUAUGCCGUUAUCACUUUACGAAAAGUUUUAUGGUAAUAAAUGGGUUCUUGGGUUUGGUUGGUGUCAAUUUCAUUUGAUCACUUUUAUCUUUUCAACUACUGCGAGCAUCAUUCACUUGGUAGCCAUUAGUAUUGACAGGUAUUUUGCAAUAAUGUUUCCGACCGAGUAUCAGCGACAUUCAAUAACGACUAGUGUUGUACCUUAUUUAAUCAUGAUUUGGGGAGUAUCAUUCGCCGUAAGUAGUACUUUAUUAAUGGAGCAAAAUCUAGAUGCCAAUGAUGUUUGCUGGAUCGAAAAUUCACAAUAUUUGGUUCUGUCGUCUCUUCUGUCAUUCUUCGUUCCUGGUGUCAUUGUCGUUUAUCUAUACAUGAAAAUAUUUAUACAAUUACAUAAUCAUCGACUUUAUAUGUGUGGUAAAAUAUCGCGACAGCAAGGACAGGAAAAAACUGCCAAACGAUCUCUUCCACGAGUCAUUAUCGAAGAGGUUCGUUUUUUAUUAUUUUUUAUUAAUGAUUGA